AUGACUCCAGAACCAUCAAGCAGGCCUGAAAGCCCUCCACUCUCAGAAUCAGACGACGCACCUCUCCUCUCUCGCAGCCCCUCACCACAAUCCCCUCAACCCCCAAAACCACCCGUAUCAUGGUCCUCCCUCCCAAACAAAGGCCAACUCGCCGUGAUCCUCCUCGCGCGUCUCGCGGAACCCCUCAGCGAGCGCUCCCUGGCUUCAUAUCUCUUCUUUCAGCUCCAAUGGUUCAAUCCCGAUAUUGAUCCUUCGGAAAUUCCGAAGCAGAUGGGUUACAUCACUGCUACGUUUGCUGCGGCUCAGUGUCUUACGUCUAUGUGGUGGGGAAGGGCGGCUGAUCAUCCGAGGCUAGGGAGGAAGAGGGUUUUGUUAAUUGGACUUGGGGGCUCGUCCUUGUCGGCCUUGGGGAUGGGAUUUUCGAGAUCGCUUGGCGUGGCCUUCCUUUUUCGGUUUUGUGCGGGUGCGUUGAAUGGUAAUAUCGGGGUUCUGAGGACCAUGGUUUCUGAAAUUGUUCCUGAGAAGCGGCAUAAAACGCGAGCCUUUCUCCUAUUGCCGAUGUGCUUCAACGUCGGAGUCAUCAUCGGACCUCUGCUGACAGGUUUCAUGGCUGACCCCGUUCACACUCUUCCUAGCAUCUUUGGCCCAGGUUCUCUAUUUGGCGGAGAGAAUGGCGUGCAAUGGCUCGAAAGAUUCCCCUAUGCACUUCCAAACCUCUUCUGCUUCUCGAUCUUGAUGUCAGCGUUCUUUCUGGUCAUUCUUGGCCUCGAUGAAACGCAUUCGCAUCUCCGACAUCGACCGGAUCCUGGACGCAGACUCGGAAAACUUCUCCUACGAAUCAUCCUUCGACGGAAGAAGAAUGACCAUCUUUACAGCUCCAUCGAUAUUGAGGAUCCGUCUGAGGAGUUGAUGGAUCAUGACGCCGACCAAGAAUUCGGGGAAAGUUCAAGACCAGCUAAGGCAUACAGCAAGACUCGUCCUCCGUUUCGAGAUGUGCUGACAAAGAACGUCUGUCUCAACAUGCUACAGCGCUUUCUACAAUCACUUCACGUCUCGGCAUUCAACUCCAUCUUAUUCAGUCUUUUGCCCACUCCUAAAGCAGACUCUACCGAUUUCCAUCUGCCUUUCCGCUUCACCGGUGGUCUAGGCUUGUCAAGCGAGAGAAUGGGCUUAGCCAACACAAUCAUCGGGACUAUCGGCAUCCCGCUUCAGCUCUUUAUAUACCCCAGACUCAUCGGCAAACUGGGCGUAAAGGCUUCAUACAGUGCUUUUCUUCCAUUGAGCAUUAUUGCAUACUUCCUCCUCCCAUACCUAGUUCUUCUGCCAGAUAAUAACGCUCUGGUAUGGACUUGCCUAUCUGCAGUUCUGAGUCUACAGGUACUGUCUCGAACGUUUGUGAACCCUGCUACUAUGAUGCUUGUCAAUGACUCGGCGCCAAGUCCAAAUUUGUUGGGCACGGUGCAUGGUUUGGCAUCGAGUAUCUCGAGUGCUGCUCGGAUUAUGGGACCUACGGUCGGUGGAACGUUGCUUGGAUGGGGUCUUGCUCAUAAUCUUGUGGGAUUGCCUUUAUGGGUGUUGACGAUUUUGGCAUUGGCAAACUGGGUUAUUCUGUGGUGGAUUGAUGAUGUGAACAUGUCUGAAUGAGGUGCAUGUACACCAAUUGGUGAUGAGGUCAGGGGUUGGAUUCACUGCCUUGGAUGAGAAAUGUAUCUCGUUUGGCAUGAGUUUACGGUUCUGAUCAUCAUUACUAUAAUUCGGCGAUGCAAGUGUAUAGAAUCUUAUAUGGAAGUCUAAUAAAUAGGACCUCCAUUCUCAUUAUUGGUGACUACCUCUGUCCCUAGCCAAUGAUCAUCGUCAGGAAGUUAGCCUUCCCGAAGCUAUGGAUGAAUAGUGACCCUCCAAUAUGAGCUAGGAUCUUGAGUAUCCAGAAUGAGUUUCAUUGAUAAUCCGGGCGAUUCUUCCCUUGUCAAAGACUUCAACUCAAAGCUCUUCUCGAGCCCUCUCUUUGCCAAUAAUCGCAGUGUAUGCUCCCAUACCAUGGCUCUCAAGCAUCCGAAUCCUCAUCACUAUCCUCCUCCACAACAAGAUCAAUGACCAACGCCGCCUUAUCAUUCAACUUAUCAAGCUGAAACCCCACCGCAAGCGCAUCAGUGGCGUCAUGUAUACAACCCGCAACAUCGAGGCCAACAUCAUGCUCUUUGAGUGCAAGACAAAUCACUCUGAAAUGCUCAUGAUGCACAUCCUCAUCGCCACCUCCGUCAAAGAUGAGCACAGCGUUGCGGUGGAUGAGACAGAAAUCUUCUUGCACACCGGGAUAUUUCUUGAUGGCUGCUAGUUUGGCGGGCGUGCAGGAUGAGCUGGCGACGAGGCGGGUGAAGAUCCGCGCGUUGAGGAGGGCAUUGACGGAUGAGGGUGAUUUAGGAGUGAAGAUUAUUACGUUAGGAGGGAGUGCUGGUGUUUCUGAAGGACGGUUCUGUGUCGUCAUUUUGAAGUUGUAACCCAGGUGUUAGCGGCAGGGGGUUUG